AUGGACUUAGAAAUUCAAAAAUAUGCGAAGAAGCAAGUCCAACUCCAAGAACAAAUCAAGGAGUUGUUUGCUGAGAAAAAAAUGUUACAAGAACAAAUCUGUGUGCUUAAUGAAUGUUUAUCAUUGGAAAAAGUGAAUCGGAAAAUUUCUGAUUUGGAGAAUAAACAAAAAAUAUUAGCUUCUUUAGAAAGCAUGGUUAAUAAUUUAAGAACUGAUAUUAAACCAUUAGAUUAUUUAAAACAAGUUUUACAAAGGCAACUUAUGGUUUCAACUAUACCUAAUAAUGAUUUAAAUAUUGAAGAGCAAAAAUGUUCUGAGAGUUCAUUAUUGACACCGAGUAGCAUAUGUGCCAUUGAAACAUUGGACUCUUUGAGUGACGUUAGCUCAGAAGAAAGUAUCGUGAUUUUAUCCGAUUACGAUGUGGUUUCGGAUGAAGAAGUUUUAAAUAAUUCAGAAAAACCUGUUGAAAACAAAGUCAUGUAUGAUGAAGCACUACAGAUGGCAUCUAGUGUGCAUUUAACAUUAGUUGAUCAUCUAAUCCCAAAUAUUAGUUCAAUUGAAUCUAUAAUAAAUAAUAGUGAUCAAGUAAAAGAUAACAAUUGUUGUGUACAAUCUAAUUCUAAAAGCACUAUUUCUUCGAUGAAUACAAGUAGUAAAAGUGAACAACUCUUAGAUUUAUAUGAUGUUGUAAACGAAUUAGACCUUCUAAACUGUAAUGGAAAUGAAAACAUUGAAAUUAAAUGUGACAAGAGAAAAGCUGAACCAACACUUUAUAAAGCACACCAGCCAUGUUUAAAUGAUAAAGAAUUUGAUGAAAUUGGAUUAAAAACAUUAGAUAAUAAGAAAUGUAAUAAUGUGUCAAAAUUGGUUAAUGAUUCAUGGGUGAAGAUCAGCUCCAGUGAAAUUUCAGAAGAAGAACAUGUUGAUGUUUUUCAAUCAAUUACUGACUCACAGAAAGACAACACAGUGUCAAAAAUAAACACAUAUGUAGAUACUUUUGAUCAAAAUAUUAGUGAAAUUGAGAGUUUUGACAAUAGCUAUAACAAUUUUGAUCCUAAUUAUGAAAAUGAAAUUCAUAAGCCAGGUUGUACGGUUAAUGAUGAUGUUUGUGGUAACUUGUUAUCUUUCACUGAAGUCAAUGGAUCAAAAGAAAAUUUAAAUGUAGAAAUUCAAGUACAGAAUAAUGAUUUAUGUAUUCACCAGUUUGAAUCUAAAGGCAUUAUUGAAAUUAAAAAUCUAGAAAAUGUUUGCAAUGAUAAUGAUCAUAGUUAUAAAAAUGAACCUCAUAAUCAAAUUUUUCCAAACAACCUUCAACAAUGUGAAGUAGAAAUUAUUUCAUCAUUAUCAUCAAGUUCCGAAGAUUCUAAUGUAUCAAACAAAUUAAUUGAGCCAAAAGUAAACACAGAGGUAGAAUGUCAAGUUUAUAAUGGUCAAUUAUAUAACCACCAGCUUGAAUCAAACGUUAAGAGUCUUAAGAAUAUUUGCAAUUCUGUUAUUCAUUAUAAUGAAAAUAAAAUUCAUAAUCCAGUUUGUCCAAUUAAUAAAGUUAAAACUACAUCUUCUUUGUUCAACACUGAAAAAUUUAAUAAUUCAUUGACCAAUAUUAAUGAUAGACUGUCUUCUAUUAAUAAUAACGAAAAGCCUAUGUGGUUAUAUCGUACUAUACACCUGAAGGAUGAACUAUUAAAUGGCAUUCAUCGGCAUGGCAUUCAGGAUCUAAUGUCAUUGCAACAGCAAUGCAUGUUCCAUUAUAUUAAUGGGCGUGAUGUUAUUUUUCACUCAUACCCUUGUGUUGGGAAAUCAACCGUGUGCCUAAUUUCAGUGUUGCAAAGGAUUAACACUAGCUUAAAUGAAUGUCAAGCUAUUAUAUUAGUUCCAACAUUAGAAUUGGCAUUGUCUGCUCAAAAGACAAUGAAAUCAAUUGGGAAAUUUUUAAAUGUUUCUACAUGUAUUGGUGGUACCAAUGUUCCUCGUAAACUUUCACCGGUCCCUCAUGUAGUGAUCAGUACCUUGCAAGGUUUAUGUGAAAUGAUCAGUUGCAACUCGCUGUGUAAAGAUUUUAUAAAAAUGCUUAUAGUUGAUGAUGCAGAUGAAAUGUUAAAAUGCAAUGGAUUUUUUAAUAAAAUUAGACAUAUUUUGUUAUUCCUUAACAAUAACCGUCAACUAAUUAUUAUGUCCACUUCAAAAAUAGAGGAAAUCUUCGAUCAGUUUUCUGACUUAAUGAAGAAUCCUGAGUAUAUUUUAGAACCAAAUGAAAAACCUUCAUUGAAUGAUAUAUUACAGUAUUGUGUUUACGUACCUGAAGAAUGGAAAUUUGAUGCAUUCUAUGAACUCUAUGAAUCACUCAAUUUAAUACAUACAGUUGUUUACUGCAACACAUGGAGUAAGUCUCUAGAAAUAGCAGAAAACAUGCGUCUUAAGACAUGUUUAGUCUCAGUUAUACAUAAUGAAAUGGAUACUCAUCAACGGCAUCUCAUAUUACAUCAGUUUCAAUCUGGUACUAACAGAGUGUUAGUUACUCCUGAACUACAGAGAGGCGAGGAUUUUUCAGAUGUAGCUUAUGUUAUAAAUUAUGAUCUUCCUAAAAGUCCAAAAUACUAUGUACGUAAAAUUGUCGGUUGUUUUGGCCGCAAAGUUAAAGUAAUUAAUUUUAUCACCACAAAUGACAAAACAGCCCAAAAAGAUAUCGAGACUGCAUUUAAUGUAAAAAUGCUUAAUUUACCUCAGGAUCUUACUAAUUUAUGUGAAUCUAACUAA